AUGAAGUAUUCAACCAAAAAAGUUCCCUCAGCAAAGCUGAACAGCACAUUAAGCAACACCUCGGUCAAGCCUGGCAAGCCAAAAAAGGUCCAACGGAAGACUAUGGAAGUCUCCGCUACGUACUGCAUGAGUCUGCGCUCUGGCAAUACCAUAAAAAGGAGCUGCUACUACUACAGGAGUUACAGCACCAGAACACGGCCGGAGAAAACAGGUGGAAAGCUCAAAGAUCCUUUUUGCUGUACGAAAGUUGAGCAAACAGAAUCUCAUGAACCUCCCAUGACUGAACUGUCAGCACGUCGGAAGCAGAUUCCUGUCUAUAGAGAAAAUGCUCGACGUGCUCAAACUAACGUGAUUGGCCUCAUACUGGGGGUCCCGAAAUAUCUCCCAGUAGACCUUAAAUGCACCAACAUGACCUAUGAGUGCUGUGAGCUCUGCUCCCAACGUGCCUGGGUUACCUAAUUGAGGAUAGCUCACCCCUACAUUCCUCCUGGACAAGUGGAAGUCUUACACAUAGGCACCACUUACCUAGUUGGCCAACAUAAAGGCCCACUUUCCCAUGGUCCCUGUCAUCAUGGGGAGCCAGGAAUUGGAGGUUUUCUUCGCCAAUGUCUGUCCCUCCCUUUUCUAGCUUCUUUUUUCCCACCAGAUCCAGUAAGCAGAGAGCCACCCAGGGCCUCCAUGCAGAAAACUAGUACCUUUAACCCAUUCAGGUGUCAACUUUUCAGCCUUACGGCUAAGAGAAGCUUACACCAGAGGCUUGCAUCUAGCCUGCUUUGACAAAAGUGAAGCUCAAAUAAGGGAAAAGAAAAAAAAUUUAUGAUGAGGCAUUUCAAAGUACAGUGUCGCUGAAAA